GCCCCGCGGGGCGCCGCGGGGCCGGCGACGCUGAUCGCGGACGGGCGCCGCUCGGUGGGCCUGCUGUCGGCGGAGCUGUGCCUGACGCUGAAGACGCGCGGGCGCGGCGGCGGCGUGCAGCUGCUGGUGGCCGGCCGCCGUGGCGUGACCCUGGCGCUGCAGGCCGUGGCGCAGGCCCAGCCAGAGAGGCCCCUGGUCUUCGCGCUGUCACUCGCUGAUGGGGAGGAGCUCGCCGCCGCCGGGCUGCACCCCCCUGGCCAGGGCGGCACAGGCGGCGCCAGCGACGAGGCGGCGCCCCCAGGAGGCGAGGAGGCUCCAGCGCCGCGCCGCGGGUUCCGGUUCUUCUUCCCCGGGCACGCCGACGAGGCCGAAACGAUGGACGUGCGCGUGGGCGCGGCGCCCUCCAGGGUGCUGCUCGUGAAGAGCGAGGGCUCGCUGCUGCCGCUGACCAAGGCCGUCGCCACCGAGGUGGCGCGCCUCCCAGAGGGCGCCACGGCGGCGGUGGAGACGCUGCUGGGUGGUAAGGCAAAGAGCAUCUGGACCAGGACGCACCGCAUGUCGAAGCCGUGGCCCAGGCCUACCAGUGGCAGGUGGCGCCCGCGAGCCCGAAGCUCUGGACCCGGCCCUUCCGGUGCGUGGCGGCGGAGGUGGCGGCCUCCGCCGCGCCCCCCGCGGAGCGCCAGGCGGAGGGCGGGCCGCGCCGCGUGCUGCGGCUGA